CGAAGUAGAAGAGAAGAAAGGAAACGUGACCACAUAAAACUCAUUAAUUCGGAGAUAAUAAUAAUAAUAAUGUUAGGAAGUAAAAACAAAAGUUGCCAUGGCAGUGCAGCAACAACAACACCUCUCUUAUUAGGUGAUAGAGAAGAAGUAGAAGAUGCACAACAUGAAGAAUGGUGGAAGAGAAUCUUGGAUAUGGAUGAGGCAAAGCAUCAACUACUGUUUUCACUGCCCAUGAUUGUUACAAACUUGUUGUAUUACUUAAUCACUUUGGUUUCAGUAAUGCUUGUUGGUCACCUUGGUGACCUUCAGCUUGCUGGUUCCACUCUUGCCAACUCAUGGUUCAGUGUCACUGGUGUCUCUCUCAUGGUUGGUUUGAGUGGGGCACUAGAAACACUAUGUGGGCAAGGAUUUGGUGCAAAAGAAUACCAAAUGCUGGGAAUUUAUCUACAAUCUUCAUGCAUCAUAUCCUUUGUUUUCUCCAUCAUCAUAUCCAUAAUUUGGUUCUACACACAACAUAUCUUAGUACUACUUCACCAAUCCCAAGACAUAGCAAAAACAGCAGCACUUUACAUGAAGUUCUUUUUCCCAGGCUUAUUUGCAUAUGGAUUCUUGCAAAACAUUCUUAGGUUUCUCCAAACACAAUCUGUUGUGACACCAUUGGUUAUUCUCUCAGCUAUCCCAUUGUUGAUCCACAUUGGCAUUGCAUAUGUAUUAGUUGAGAAGACAGGUUUGGGUUUUGUUGGUGCACCUAUUUCAGCUUCAAUUUCACUAUGGAUAGCUAUUGUUUUGUUGGCUUUGUAUGUUAUUUAUGGAAAGAACUUCAAGUUGACAUGGGAAGGGUUUUCUACUCAAUCUUUUCAUUAUGUAUUGCCUACCCUUAAACUUGCUCUGCCCUCUGCAGCAAUGGUAUGUUUGGAGUAUUGGGCUUUUGAAGUCUUGGUUUUCUUAGCUGGAAUAAUGCCUGAUUCAGAAAUAACCACUUCCUUGAUUGCAAUAUGUGCCAAUACAGAAUUCAUUGCAUACAUGAUCACUUAUGGUCUCAGUGCUGCUGCAAGCACCCGAGUUUCGAACGAACUGGGAGCCGGCCACCCGGACCGGGCGAAUCACGCCAUGAGAGUGACUCUCACUCUCUCAGUUCUGCUUGGUUUGUGCUUUGUUUUGGCACUUGUGUUUGGUCAUAAUAUAUGGAUUCAAAUGUUCAGUAGCAGUUCUAAAAUAAAGGAGGAGUUUGCUUCAAUAACACCCUUACUUGCAAUAUCUAUAUUACUAGAUGCUGUCCAAGGUGUCUUAUCAGGGGUGAUUAGAGGAUGUGGUAGGCAGCACUUGGCUGCAUAUGUAAACCUUGCAACUUUUUAUCUCAUUGGUUUACCAAUAUCAUGUCUCCUUGGAUUUAAGACCAAUUUGCAAUUCAAGGGUUUAUGGAUAGGGUUGAUUUGUGGGCUGGUUUGUCAAAGUGGAGCACUAUUAUUUUUCACAUGGCGUGCCAAUUGGUCCAAACUCCAUCUCUCUCUGGACAAAAUUAGACACAAUGAUCAACCAAUUGUUGUUUAAUUCAUUUCCAAAUUUUACUACAUACUGUAUUAUUUUUUUUUU